AUGUUUGUGAUGCUGUCAGUUCGCACACCAACCACCGUUCGUGAACGGCAAACCGACUCGGUCCAGAAGGCAAUUGACAUCAAUCAACUCAUACGCAAUAUCAGCAACCGAAGGCACCGAAAACCUCGGACUUCACCAACCCGGCAACAACAGCAGCAGCCAAAACCGGACGAGCAAUCGAUUCAUUCGCAACACGGAACGGCAACCAUCAGCAGCAUCAUCAAACGAAGCAAACACGAUACAAAAACCCGGAGCAAUAGUUGUGGAGGUAGCUACACGAGAGACUUGAACAACGUCAACACCAGCAACAACAACUGCAACUCAAGCAGCAAAGCAGGCUGCGAAGCGAAAACGAUCGAAACUGAGCCGCACAGCCUUCGGCAGCAGCGAUCGAAAACCAUCAACAUCGAUCGAAGCUGCAAUAGCAUCCGUGAUCGGGUGACAGAUAAGAUCGAUAAAACCGUGCAGCUAAUUGGAACCGUUACACCAGCGAGCAGCGUUGGGGUCAGCAAGAAAGCGAAUCUUGCAACACUGACGAAUCGAUCGCCAGUGACACUGUGUACCAUCUCGCAGCCGCACGGGUACCAGCUGCCGGCUGACAUCCACCAGCUGUCGGUUGAGCUCGCGAAGUCGGAAAACGAACCAACACGCAAGGUCCAGAGUGAACUUGUACUCGCCGCGACAAUUCGACCCACGAUCAGGUCGCACACGACAGAGGCCGCGACGACGACGACGACAACAACAACGACGACACCGACAUCGACUGUGUGCUCGAUUGCCCCGCCCGAGCAACACCAGCAGCAGCCCAACCAGACCACUGCCGCAAGCAAUCUCAACGUCAACCAGCAGACCGACGUCAACGACAGGGGCAAAUCUAAGUUUUUGCUACCGGAACUGAACAAUUUUCGGAAACCACCAACUGUACAGGUACCUGUGGCAACUAUACUAAACGACCUUAGCCCAGUGCCUGCGCCAGUUAAAGUUACCAAUAAAAUCACCAACUCGAACCCUAUGAGUCCUAUGACCCCCGCCGGGCUACAGAGUAACUCGCCGGACGUUAAGGCCAUGCGGUACUACAGAUUGUGGAUAUACACAUGCAACGCUGUGCUCUUGAUGGCAGUCAUCGUAUUCUGUGGCGUUGCUGGUAAGAUCCUUCUCUCCGACUACAAGCGCCUGCUGGUGAACGGAUUAAGUCUGACGCAGCCCAGUUUCAUUUAUGCUUACUUAGCUCUGCUGGUGCAAUCAGGUUUCCUACAACUGAUAGGGUGUCUCGGUGCCUUAAGACUGUCGGAGAAAUUGUUAAACGCUUACUGGUUACUUUUACUCGUAUUGUUGAUAGGAGACGCCAUGUUGGGCAUAUUUUGGAUGUUCAAGUUCGACAAGGUCAUGCACGAUCUGCAGCCAAUGCUAAGAUACCGCCUAGCGCAUGAAUAUGGAAAUUCGCCCGAACUGACGGAGCUCUGGGACCGGCUGCAGAACGAGGGCCGAUGCUGUGGCGUCACCGGACCGCAAGACUUUGCACUCAACUCCAACCGCACCUACCCAACGUCCUGCUGCACGUCAGACAUAACGGAGCAGAUCAGCAUAGGUCGACGUCCGCUCGCCUCCGCCAUCGUGUUCCGGGGUGAGGAUCCAUCGGCGGCCGUCGCCGCUGCCACCGAGCUUGCCGCGAGCACGAUCAAGGACACGCUGCUGAUGAGCCGAAACUUCAGCGAGCUCAGCGACUCCUGGAGCCUAAUAACGGCCCCCAGCAACGGGGGCAGCAGUUCGGGCGGUACCGGUAGCAUCGACAGCACGGUACCGUUCCAGCAGGUCGUCGAAAGCCUAAGUGCCACCAGUGGUAUUAGCAGUAGUGAUAGCAGCAGCUACAGCAGCAGCAGCAGCAGCAGCAGCAGUACCUUCAGCGAAAGCAGCUCCGGAAGCUCGUCCACGGGUUCGGUCGCUCCCAGCGCCGUCACCGGUGGCGAAUCGGAGGAAUUCAAAACGAUCGUCACGUGCAGGGCGGUGUAUCCGCAGGGCUGCGCGGACCGGAUCGUAUCCUGGCUACGCCACACGGCAGACAUACUGUUCGUGCUUGGUUAUUGCGUGAUAGCGUUCCUGAAGCUGUGCUUUCUAGGCAUUCUGCGCUACGAGAUCAAGGAGAUGAUCCAGAAGAUCAAGCUGCUGCAAACGGAAAUGGCCGGCGCGAUACUGAACGGUGUCGAAUGCGACCAGCAGCAGGUUCAACAGUUUACCUUGUUGCAGCAAGUAACGAGCACGUCGGUCAACGGGGGCAUCCACGCGGAACCGAAGGUGGGCAACCGGGAUCGCGAGCGAACGCGCGUUGGAUCGGCCGAAAGCGAGCGGGAGUCACUGCUGACGCAAGAAAACACCCCCAAACAGCUGCUCAAGCACAAGCAGCUCUACACGUGCAUCAACGAGCAACAGCAGCAACAGCAGCAACAGCAGCAACAGCAGCACAUCUGCGGUGCUGGCCAGUCCAGCCUGGGACCGAGUGGACCGAGUGGUGGUGGGCCUACGGGUGGCCCCGGUGGCUGUGAGUCGGACACAAACUCCAACUGCGCUCUGCUGGUGGAGGACAGCAACGCCCUGUCGCUGCUGUCUGCGACGACCGGCGCGCCCAAGACAAUAAACGGUAAUAACAACUAUGAGCUGUGCGAGUUCGACGCCAAGGUGCCCACGUACAGACUUCUGAAUGCACCGACGGUGACUAAAAUCUGACUACGGUAUUACCUGGAGCAGCUGUUCGGCGAUCGGUGGCGCAAAUCGCGCCCCAACGCCAACCACCCAGGACAGC